AUGACUCGCCCCAGGCUCCUCAUCCUCUUCCUGAUCCUCUUUGCCGCACGGACGAGCCUCUCGCUCAAGUUGUACAAGGCUGAGUCCAUCUUUGGCUGCGUCGACACGGCUCUGUCCGAGGCUCGGAAAGGUCUCCCGGGCGAGAACUCCAUCCUGGGCAAGAGGAGCUUCAAGUAUCCACGGGUGGCCGAAGAAGACCUCUCCUUGGAGGACACCCAAGAGGAAGCCGAGGAGGACAAGGACAAAAGGACGUUCCCGGCCGUCACCCGCUACCGAUACCUUGCCCAGGCGCAAGGGAAAGGCAAGGUGUACCAAGGUGUACCGGCGAAGGGCGACCGGCGCUCGAAGGUCACCCUCUCGCUCGACGUCCCCACCAACAUCAUGAACAUCCUCUUUAGCAUCGCCAAGGCCAAGAACAUGAGGGCCAAGGCGGAGGCCAACGCUCAACUGAUGGCGCAGAUCGGCCGGCGAAAGUGA